GGGCAGAGCAGUGACUGUCUGUUUUAAGCUUAGAAAUCAAAGCAAAAGCAAAGAAAAGAAGAGAAGGGAAUUAUUAUUUUCUCUUCUUCUUCUGCAAAGAAAACACCGACAAAAUUGGUGGACUUUUUCAAGUGAAGCCCGGAACACGUACGAUUUUACUCUACUUGAAAAACCUUGUCACAUCAAAAGGAAACAGUGAGGAGAAGAUCAAAAUGUAUGGAGAUUGUCAAGUCAUUUCAUCCAUGGGAGGGAAUGUGGUAUCUUCAGAAACCCUAUUUUCAUCACCGAUUCAAAACCCUAGUUUCAAUUUCUUGCCUUUCCAACCUUUACCUCCCAUGAUUCCUAAAGAAGAAAACGGGCUAUUGCUGAGAGGGAAAGAGGAGAUGGACAGUGGGUCUGGGAGUGAACAAGCAGAAGAGAAAUCAGGGAAUGAGCAAGAGAGUACUGAGCAACCACCUAAGAAGAAACGUUACCAUCGACACACUGCUCGCCAGAUCCAAGAAAUGGAAGCUGUUUUUAACGAAUGUCCCCAUCCUGAUGACAAGCAAAGGAUGAAACUAAGCCAAGAACUUGGCCUUAAGCCUCGCCAAGUCAAGUUUUGGUUCCAAAACCGCCGCACUCAGAUGAAGGCUCAACAAGAUCGAUCUGAUAAUGUGAUACUUAGAGCUGAGAAUGAGUCCCUCAAGAAUGAGUUUUACCAGCUUCAAGCGGAACUCAGCAAACUUGUUUGUCCAAAUUGUGGUGGUCCAGCUGUGCCUGGAGGGAUUUCCUUUGAAGAGAUUCGGAUAGAGAACGCAAGGCUUAGAGAAGAGCUGGAACGGGUAUGUGCUAUUGCGUCGCGAUAUAUUGGGAGGCCAAUCCAAACAAUGGGUGCAGAUCCUGCAAUGAUGCCACCUUCAUUGGAUUUGGACAUGAACAUAUAUGCAAGGCAUUUCACAGAGCCUAUGGCUUCCUGUGUGGAAAUGAUGCUAGUGCCUAUGCUUCCGGAAACAGCCUCCUUCCCCGAGAAUAAUAAUCUAGUUCUAAUGGACGAGGAAAAAACAGUUGCAAUGGAGCUUGCUAUGUCUUCCAUGGAUGAACUUGUGAAGAUGUGCCGAGCAAAUGAACCUCUUUGGAUCCGAAACAAUGAAAAUGGGAAGGAAUUACUCAAUCUUGAAGAACAUGGCAGGAUGUUUCAUUGGCCGUUAAAUCUCAAGCAGCGCCCGAGUGAGUUCAGGACUGAAGCUAGCCGUGAUUGUGCAGUGGUCAUAAUGAAUAGCGUUACUUUGGUAGACGCAUUCCUUGAUGCUAACAAAUGGACUGAACUGUUUCCAUCAAUCGUUGCUAGAGCAAAAACUGUUCAAGUAAUAUCACCAGGUGUUUCAGGAACAAAUGGUUCCCUUCAGCUGAUGUAUGCAGAAUUGCAAGUUCUAUCUCCAUUGGUGCCCACUCGAGAGGCUUAUUUUCUUCGUUAUUGCCAACAACAAAAUCUAGAUGAUGAGACUUACUGGGCAAUUGUUGAUUUCCCCUACGAUGGCUUUCAUAACAACUUAGAAACUUCCUUUCCCUUAUACAAGAGAAGGCCAUCUGGCUGUCUGAUUCAAGACAUGCCUAAUGGGUAUUCAAGGGUUACAUGGGUUGAACAUGCAGAGAUAGAGGAGAAACCUGUCCAUCAGAUAUUUAGCCACUUUGUUUACAAUGGGAUUGCUUUUGGAGCACAUCGUUGGUUAUCUGUUUUAGAGAGACAAUGUGAAAGGAUUGCUAGCCUCAUGGCCAGAAAUAUCACUGACUUAGGAGUGAUACCUUCUCCGGAAGCAAGGAAGAAUUUAAUGAGACUUGCUCAAAGAAUGAUAAGGACUUUCUGUGUCAACAUCAGCACUUCCAGUGGUCAGUUGUGGACAGCUCUACCAGAUUCCUCUGAUGAUACUGUUAGAAUCACAACAAGGAAAGUCAUGGAACCUGGCCAACCCAAUGGCCUGAUUCUUUGUGCUGUAUCUACUACUUGGCUGCCAUAUCCUCACUACCAAGUUUUCGAUCUUUUGAAGGAUGAACGCCGUAGAGCUCAGCUGGAGGUUCUUUCAAAUGGGAAUGCCUUACAUGAGGUCGCUCACAUUGCUAAUGGCGCCCAUCCUGGAAACUGCAUUUCACUUCUUCGAAUCAAUGUCGCAAGCAACUCCUCACAGCAUGUAGAGCUAAUGCUGCAAGAGAGCUGCACAGACAGAUCCGGUAGCCUUGUUGUUUACUCCACCGUUGGUGUUGAUUCCAUCCAGCUAGCAAUGAGCGGGGAGGACCCAUCCUGCAUCCCUCUACUUCCCUUAGGCUUCUUCAUAACCCCAGUGGAACUCAUCAGAGAUGAAGGCAAAUCAGUCCCACCAUCUGAAGAGGCAAAUGGACAUAUUCAAGGGAGUCUACUCACGGUUGGGCUUCAAGUUCUUGCCAGCACAGUUCCAUCAGCAAAGAUCAACCUCUCAAGCAUUGCCGCCAUCAACAACCAUUUAUGCACCACCGUUCAUCAAAUCAGUGCUGCUCUCAGUAGCAGUUCCCCUAGCAGCCCCGGUAAUGGGAAUGGUGUAGGCUCUUGCACUGAGCCUGCUACCGCACACGAAAAAUAGGUCUGGGAUCUUUGUGAAUUACCUAUAACAUCCCUAUAUUUAUGGAUUUGAGAGAUGGAAGACUGGGGAAGUUAUUGGUAAUUUAUUAGAAAAUCAAGUUGUAGUAAUUAAUGUGGUAAGUAAGUCAUUUUGUAACUAAGGGAACGGGGCUACGUAGUUGUUUCAGGUAAGGAAAAAUUUAAGAAAAAUGUGUAAUAUUAGCUAUGGAUGUUGGGAGGGUAAAGGCUAAAAAGAAAUACUAGUAAACUAUAUCUCCAUGUAAUAACUAGAAGGAGUCAAGAGCGCACCAGCUCUGACCCUUGCUUUGUGGUAAGGCCUAAAGAUGAGACCUCACCAGUUAGCAAGGGUGGUGGUUCGGGUAUUGACUUCUGUUUUAUUGGCCUUCUUUUGCUUUUCUGAAUUUAAUGCUGCUGCUUAGUUUCUAAUCAAGGUAUCUGUCUGCCUCCGAUUCUCAAUAUUGAUAUUAUAAUUUAGUUGUUUAGGAACGUAAUCAUUCUUUCCCCGCUAAUUUCAUAACAUAA